AUGCGCAACGCCCUCCUCAUUCUCAGUGGCAUUACUACCAUAGCCACAACAUAUGCUUCGCCAGUAGCUUCGUCAACGACCCCUCUAAUCACUUCACCUGUCGCCACAUCAAUACUUGAUCCAGUUGCGCCUCCCGUUUUCGCAGCUGUGACAACUCCUGAGGAUAUACACGCAGUCAUUCGGGAGGUCAGCAGUUUAGCAUCUGACAUAUAUUUUACUGCUAGUAAUAUCGGAGGAGGUGGUGUAGAAGUCGAAAACAUCGGGAAUACAUACCUCCGAUGUCGAGAUAUGAUUGAGGGGGUCCAGCAGGCGUUCGACAAGGUCGGCGAUCGACCCCAAACCCCUUUCUCGUAUGAGAAUCAAAAGGGUAUUUGCUCCAUUUUCGACUCGUUCGGCAUCGACCAAUCAAAGCUCAUUACAAUGUUGGUGAGAUAUCUACAGAGUAUAGCGAGGGACGGCUUUAUCGACCACUUUGGGGAUUGCUUCAAUCGACUUCAACCUGCACUAAGCAUGUUUAUUGAGGAACUCACUUUCUAUGCGCCUGACUGUGAGUUUGCGAUGCUGAGGAGAAAGGACCAGCUUGAGGUUGGGCUGAGUAGUGCAUUGGGAAGGGUGCUGGACUAUCGGGAGGGACAUGCCCCAGACAACAUUCCUUUGUCGUUAGACUGA